CUUCAGCCUGAGCCACAAGUGCUGCUUGGAAAGGGCUCAGGUUGUUUCCAGGGGGAGAACUCUGCGGAGAAGAGGCAAAGUUCAACAGGACAACAAAGAAGCAGCAGAAACAGCCAGGAAAACGAAAAGCCUUCCCGUGUCAACACAGAGCCCCCUACCAGAGUUCUCGAAUCCUAAAGUAUUCUGCAAAGUGCCACUUAACUGGAACUUGUCACCUGACCUGACGUUCGAAGAUCACUAUGACUGAGAUCACUGCUGAAGGAAAUACAUCUACCGCCACAACCGUGAUAGACAGCAAGAAUGGGUCUGUGCCCAGAGCUCCUGGGAAGGUGCUCAAGAGGACAGUCACAGAGGACAUAGUGACGACCUUCAGCUCCCCGGCCGCCUGGCUGCUGGUCAUCGCUCUGAUAAUCACGUGGUCAGCUGUUGCCGUCGUUAUGUUUGAUUUAGUGGAUUACAAAAAUUUCUCAGCGAGCUCUAUUACCAAGAUUGGCUCAGAUCCUUUAAAACUCGUACAUGAUGCUGUAGAGGAAACCACGGACUGGAUCUAUGGCUUCUUUUCUUUGUUGUCUGACAUCAUCUCAUCUGAGGAUGAUGAAGAAGAUGAUGCUGAUGAUGGGGAUGAGGGCACCGAAAAAGGAGAAAUAGAAGAACCUCCCUUGAAAACAAAAGAAAUACACAAAGCAAAGACUGAAAAGCAGGAGAAACCUGAAAGGAAAAUAACAACAAAAGUCAUAGAAAAAGAAAAGGCAAGAGAAAAAGAAAAAGCAAGAGAAAAAGAAAAACCUGAAAAGAAAGCAACUCCAAAGGAAAAAAUUGAGAAAAAAGAAAAACCAGAGACAAAGACAGUGGCAAAAGAAGAGAAGAAAGUUAAAACUAAGGAAAAGACUGAAGAAAAGAAGAAAAAGGAAGUAAAAGGUGAAAAACAAGAGAAAGUGAAGCAAACACCUGCAAAAGUAAAGGAAGUACAGAAAACACCACCUAAACCCAAAGAAAAGGAUGACAAAGAGACCGCAGCUGUGUCAAAACAUGAACACAAAGGUAAACAUUCAAAGAAGCAGGCUGCCGGAGGUUCUAACAGAAUACUGGGCAAGAAGCAGAGGCAAUGAAAUUAAAAGCUAAGACCUAAAUCAUACUUCAAAUAGGGGGACAUGACUUGUAUAAGUAAAUAUACCUGAAAGGAAAUCUAAGAAGUUGGGAAGUAAAAUUUAUUAAUAGAAAUACCAAAAUGUGUGCCUACAUCUAAAGAUGCAUUUUGAAGAAUUUUUAAAUGAGGGUUUGAAUUGGUAUCUGGAGCUAAUUGCAGGUUGGGGGUAAUUGUUGAUGUGCCAUAUUUUUUGGAGAAUAGCCAUCCAAGAAAAAUCACAAUUUUUCAAGACUGUAUUUUUAGAGGGUGUAUUUUCAUGUCGUUGGAGUAAAUGUAAUAACUAUCCAUACAUUCCUGUUGGUUCUGCAGGAGCACACAAUUUAGAAAGUGAAGAGAUUAUUAAACUCAUUUAAUUUUAAUAGGCAAUGUGUUAUAGGUAAAGAUCUCUCAAGGUUCUUUGCCAGCUUCCAUCAACUAAGUUUAUGGCUUUAGAAAUCUCUGUCUGACAUACCGUGCCACUCUUCAAUGAAAGUGAUGUCAAAUGUAUAGCCCUAUUCCAUAUAAAUAUAGUAUUUAAGAUGGAGAUAGAAUAUAAAUGUAAUAUUCUUUAUGGAAAGGUGCUAUGCAACUAUAAGGGG